AUCUCUGGCAGUCUCUCUUUUUUCUUAUCAAUUUCAGUCUUGAAUUGAACUUACUAGAAGUCUUUUUAAUUUUGAGAGAAAAAUCGUGAAAAAAAACCUUAAAUAAAAAGGCAAAAUUUACUUGCUUAUAAAAAUUAAUUUAUUAAGAGUGAAACGUGUUCAAAUUUAGUGAAAAUGACGAAAAAAGCUUAUGAGCUUGAAGGAAGUUCUACAGAAGAAGUAAUGGAAAGAAGUACUGAACAAUUAGAAGACAGCAGACUGUAUUUUUGGAAGAAACGUCGCUAUCACGUUGUCCUUAUGAUUUUCUUCAGCCUCUUUUGCCUCCUUACAAUGCGAAUGACCCUCAGUGUUGCUAUUGUGGCGAUGACAAAAAAAGUCAAUGUGACUCUAAACAAUGGAACCGUUGUUGAGGAGCAAGAAUUCGAAUGGAACUCCAAACAGCAAGGACUCAUCCUGAGCUCCUUCUUCUAUGGCUACAUAGCAACUCAAGUAGUAUCUGGUUACUUUUCCUCGCGCUUUGGAGGUCAUUUAAUAAUUGGUAUCAGUUUAUUGGGAACUUCCAUUCUUUCGGUGCUUAUUCCAUUGGCAGCUCAAACUCAUAUAGCCCUAUUUGUUUUUAUUAGAAUAAUUGAGGGAUUGCUAGGGGGAGCUGCAUUCACUGCUAUCAUAGCACUUUUAGCUAAUUGGGCACCAGUUAAAGAGAGAAGCUUUAUGACAAGUAUUUCUUUUAUGGGCUUUUAUAUUGGAAACAUUGCAGCUAUGCUCCUUUCUGGUAUCAUAAUUGUAACUUGGGGAUGGCGAGUUGUAUUCUACAUAUUCGGUGGCAUCGGAUUUCUAGGAUACAUUCUAUGGCUUUUUCUCAUAAAGAAAAGUCCGAAGAAUGAUCCCUUCAUAACGGAAAUAGAGAAGACAUACAUUCUGUCAAGUAUUGGUGAAAGUAAGAAUAAAAAAAUCUCUCAUCCUUGGAAAGAUAUGCUCACUUCCCUUCCUGUCUGGGCUGUUGCUAUUGGACAUUUUACUUCAUUGUGGGGAAGCUUUACUAUGCAAACACAGCUUCCGACCUUCUUAAAUGAUAUCUUUAACUACAACUUGGAUACCACAGGGAUAUUGUCUUCAAUCCCAUACAUAGCGUUGGCUAGCCUACUUUCUGUUGCAGGAUACUUUGCAGACUGGCUACAAGUCAAAGGUUACCUAACAACUGAGCAAGUUCGACGCUACUUCAACUCCGUUACCUUCACAAUUCAAAUGAUUUUUAUGAUACUCGUUGCAUUUAGUACGAAUCCAAUUUUAACUGUCGUAUACUUAACUUUAGCAGUUGGAGUUGAUGCCUUUGCUUGGUCAGGAUAUGCAAUAAAUGCUCUUGAUUUAGCACCCUCCCACGCAGCCAUCAUUAAGGGUAUAGGUAUAACUUUUGGAGGAUUUGGAGGAAUUUUAAGCCCACUCCUGGCAGGCAACAUUGUAACGGACAAGAGUCGUGAACAGUGGCAAAUUGUGUUCUUUAUAACAGCUGGAAUUUAUUUAUUUGGAGCAGUAGUUUCAUGGUUUUUUGUUAAGGGGUCUAUUCAGCCUUGGGCUAAAAUUGAUCUUGAAGAACUGAAAAUGAGAAAUAAAAGUUAAUUUAGGC